AUGAUCAACCACACGCUCGCCCUCAUCUUGACCCUCGCGACAAAUCUUGAAGAUAUCCAGGUGCAAGCACGGAGAGAAAACAACGGUAGUCUGGUAUCCACACUCCUUCAAUAUUACCGAACGGCUGAAGAGGUUGCUAGCCGGAAUUCCUACCCGUUUUGCAAGUUGAAGAAUCUUGUUUCAUGGUCUUCAAAGUUUGAAAGAAGAGAUCACUGGAUCGAACCUGCACCCGCUUUUUCAUGGAUACCGAUGCCAGUCAAGGCAGAUACUUGCAGCCUGCACGGCUUGAAUAUGACUUGGAUCGAAUAUCCGGUUUUGAAGGAGAAUCUGUAUCACCCGUCGCUGAAAUGGCUGAUAAGUGUACCCACUUUCACAUACAUCACGGCGAUGCACCCUGGGUUUACACCGAUGCUACGUGUAUUCGAAAUGAAUGAGUGUAACUCGGAUACUAUGGAUUUUCUAGACAUGUUUGGUUCAGUAUAUUUCCGAAACCUGGAGAUCCUACGACUCACCAAGCUUGGUUUGUCACAUACCAGAUGGUACAGGGGUAUCAGAAUGAACUGGUCUAACUUCGGUCGCUUUUUGGGUAAGUCCCCUCCCAAGCUGAAAAUGCUUCAAGUGUCUAUCUCCUGGGAUUUGCCGGGAUAUUUUUGGUACGCCAGGGAAAGGCCUAGGGACCUCGAGGUAUCCGCGGGAGCUCUGAACGAGAUUUUGAAUCUCAACCACCUUACCAUGGAUAUUGGAAUGUUAGUCCAUUCGUUCGCGGAGAAUGCUUGCGACGAGCUUCUCAAGCUUCCAGUAACAGUACUUCCACAAUGCCUGGAGCACUUUACUAUCACCAAUGUCAAUCUCGGGUUCCUUCGCCGUGUCGUGGCCGCGUAUACAGCAUCAGAGCGCCGCAAUGUGUUUGGCCAGCUGAUGACAGGCCUUCCCCACUGCCACUAUUUCACCGUUGAGACGUAUCGAAAACCCUCUGACUGGACUGUCGAAGCCCUAAAGUUGAUUGGUAUCGACCUGUACAAGAGCGGGGUGGAGCUUGCGCUAUGGGUGCGGCAAGACAACGGUGAAAUUGAAAAAAACGAUCGUCUUGUUUAG